UUUAUGCCAGUGCUACAGACGUCUCAGUUUACUAUCCGUGAUGUCGUGUUCCAGUCUUUGUAAAUAAACAUUUUAGUGAAGUUGCUGUUUCGUUUUUAGUGUUUGUGAUUAUUCUGCCUGUGUUUUUGCAUAUAUCCACGUGUUAACCACAAGUUUUAACUAGAAAGGUGUUAGUGAGUGUUUUGUGCCUUGUUUUUGUCCAUAUCUCGUCGUGACAUUUAUUUUGGAUUUAUGUUUACCUAAUCACGGUGAUGUUGAGCGGGGCGACGUCGCCUGGUGGCGACGAUGUUCUCUGCGUGACCGUAGUGGCCGACGAACAUGGCUACGGAAUGAAAGUGUCCGGUGACAACCCCGUGUAUGUCCAGUCGGUGAAGGAGAAUGGCGCGGCCUGGCGAGCUGGUCUGCGAGCCGGCGACCGCAUCCUCUGUGUUGACACGGUGGCCGUCCACAAUCACACACACCAGCAAGUCGUGCAGAUGAUACGAGCUAAUAAGAAAACCGUCCUAACUGUUCAACAGAAUACGUCCCGCCAUAAAAGACCUAUUACCGCACCGUUUCCUGUCAAUCCUGAAAAGCAACGCGAACUGGAGGUGUCUAAAGUGGAGACCAUGCAGCGGAUGCUUGAUGAGGAUCAAGUGUACAUAAAGCAGUUGCGGCUAGAACUAUCAAAAGUGCCAGAUGUAAGAAAACAAGCACAGUUGGAUUUGGCUGAGCAGAGGUGCAUCAAGGUGAAACAUGAAAUCGACGUCAUCAAAGCUGGACAGCCUAUGGAGACGACUACGUCACAUCCGGCGUUCAUGCCAGCAACACCCCGCCUAGCCACGCGCAUCAAGAACAACGAUAAAACAUCUCCAGUACAAAACACCGGCUUCCUAAGCGGCCUACCACGCUCACUCAGCAAUUUGACGGGCCAGAGCUUACGCAAUCUGCGGCAAGCGAAGCAGAAUAACAAGAUACAGCAAGAAAAUCAACCGCCACUUGUGAGGCAGAACUCGGACGAGUCAAAUAACAAACGGAGGCAUGUACACAACAAUACCGUACCGAUGGUGCCGACGACGUGUUUAGAUAACGUCACGCCCCCACCUCUACCCCCAAGAUCCAUCGAACGACCCAAAAGAACCCCGUUAAGUCCCCCAAUAAACCCGUUAGCGAAACCAAAGCCUUCCAGUUCGAUAUCUCCAAUGCACAAACAGUAUUACAAAGGACGGUAUUAUCCAGAGAAACCGCAGUACCCAAUGCACCAGUCCAUGCCUGCGUACAAUGAUGAACACCAGAAACAAUUCAGGAGGUCGUCACAUUCCUUAGACGGCGACUUGGAUGGGCCCCAACCUAAUUCGAUCGCAUUGCAAAUGAGUUAUCCGUUGGUGAAUGUCCCGCCGCCGCCGUUACAGACGGAUAACAGGACCGGCGUGCCAGUGUUGCACGUGAGAAGUAGGUCGUCUCCUGAACAGUUGGAUCAUGAAUUACAACGACCGGCGGCUCCGCUGCCGGCGGAGGCGGUGUCGUGGGGCGGAGCGCCCGCCGCGCCGGCCCCGCCGCCGCCCGGGACGCCGCCGCCGCCCUACGCCACCAACACGCAGCCUUGCGCCGAUCCUCAGAGGGCAAUCAUCUCGAUGGAAGAAGAUGACUCGCCAGCUUCUGAUAAUUCGACAUACUCCGGGCUGUUCUCGAAUCUUCGCUCCGUGCGAGAAUCCAAAGCUAGAACAGCUGUUUUGCUCAACUGGCUAUUAGGAGAGAGGAGGAGUGCACACGCGGCGCUAGUUCUGGUCCUAACCGAUGGGUUCCGAGCCGCCACCGCAGUUAACAAUGCUACACUAAGACGCUGGGCAUACGAGAUACACUCCACUUUCAUCAUGCCCAAUGCGGUGUUACAACUAAAUGGCGUGGACGAGAACAUGGCUAAUGAAAUAGAACAGGUUUUAGUUAACGGAAAAGUGUGA